AUGUUCUUGUUGUUGUUCUCAAGUUUCUUCAAUUCACCCAACCCUCAUAAAACAACACAAACUUUACAACAUCCUCAAGUUCAUCAAUAUUUAAUUCAUUGUGAAUGUUCAAGGUCAUGUCAUCGACGUAGUCUUUUUACCUUUACUUUGGAUUUCGACAAAAAUUUACGAACAUUUUUGUUAUAUCCGAAUGGAAUGGAAAUCAUUUUCACCUUUGUAAACAUUUCCUUGUUACCAACAUCGAUCAAGAAGAAGAUUUUAACGAGACAGACAACGGUGAAGGAAGGAAGCGAUGAAACGAAUUGA